AGGGGGCAGUGCGGGAACUCGACGGGAAGGGGCGUGGCCGGCCGUUGCCUAGGAAGGGCGCGUCGUCUCGCUGCUCGCCCGGCUGCGACGGUAAAGGGGUUCCGCUGCAUUUUGUCACUACUUGGGAGACUACACCUUCCUGAGAACCAGGCCAGAAGCCGAAGUAUUAUUUUGUAGCUACCAGAAGCCAGGACUCUGGAACAGCUUGCUGCCUGUGGAUCUUCUAUACUUACAUACUUACAGCGUGCCAGUUGCUUCAGAUCUGCCACUGUUAGAUACUUCCUGCCACCCAUCCUGGUAGUAUAGCUCUGAAAGGAGUCACAGCCACUGUCAGCCAGGAGUCCCUCACCCGACUCCUGUGGUCGCCCUUUCUAUCAUGCCAAAGAAUAAAGGCAAAGGAGGCAAAAACAGGCGCAGAGGUAAAAAUGAGAAUGAGUCUGAGAAGAGAGAGUUGGUGUUUAAAGAGGAUGGGCAGGAGUAUGCGCAGGUGAUGAAAAUGCUGGGGAACGGACGCUUGGAAGCGAUGUGUUUUGAUGGUGUAAGGAGGCUGUGCCACAUAAGAGGAAAGUUGAGGAAAAAGGUUUGGAUAAAUACCUCAGACAUUAUAUUGAUUGGUCUACGAGACUAUCAAGAUAACAAAGCUGAUGUAAUCUUAAAGUAUAAUGCAGAUGAAGCAAGAAGCCUGAAGGCCUACGGAGAACUUCCAGAACAUGCUAAAAUCAACGAAACGGACACAUUUGGUCCUGGAGAUGAUGAUGAAAUCCAGUUUGAUGAUAUUGGAGAUGAUGAUGAAGACAUUGAUGAUAUCUAACCUGACCAAAGCAUGUUACAUUCCAAGUUCUCUGAAGAUAGCUCUACCCAAUUGGCAUCUUGACCUUCAGCUGUUAAGUAAAACUUCAUUUGCCAUGUGUAUGACUUGUUAAUGCAAAUUGACGAAUUUCAUUUUUUGAAGUAUUACAUUUCUUUGAAAACCAAAGAUGUUGAGUUCUCUUAGGUGACACGUUAACACUUUGUGCUUAUGGAUGUAAUUGAACUUAGGGCACAGCAGUGUGCGCUGUUAAGAGACUGCCUUUCCAUUUGUGACGCUUCAUUUCUGGCACGGGAGUGUUCUAUGUCAGCGGUUCUGCCAGGUGACCAUCAUGGGCUGAAGUAAGUCCUAGUCCAGCACACCUGCUUCAGGCCUUUUAUAUUCUAGUCAUCUGGCUGCGUUUGAGACUUCUCAUCAGACUUACAGAUUUGGAGGCAGACAGAAUAUGGCUAUUUUUGUAUUUAUGGAGCCAUGCCAUUUUAUACUUUUAAGUUGUUUUGCCACCCAUAAAAAGGCAUUUUACAGUGCAGUUUUUAAAUUACAUGGGUAGCGAUUUUCAGUUUUAAAAAUUAGUCAUUGCAGAAAUUAAAUACUUAGGGAAGACAUUCCAUUAUCUUGACUUUAGAAAUAUAAUAGUUGACAGUGUUUAUAUAUAAUUUUACUUUUCUAAGGCAUACCCAAAAAUAAGAGAAUUAAGAAGAGAAGUAAAUCUGUUCUGAUACUUGCAUAGAGAAAUUUUCAAAAGAGGUAGUUGUUAAUAGCACAUAAAAUAUUUUUUACUUUGCAAAGUAGGUUGUUUGUGUUAAGUCAUUUUCAAAAAGCUAUUGUAUUAAGGCUUUGAAUAAUUAAUUACUAUGUAUUGAUUAAAGUUAGUUGCAUAAUUGUACAAGUGAAGUUUUCCUUAAAUUAAGCUUAGGUUAAAAAAAAAGGAGCCACAGCUUAAUGAAAACGUGGUUCCUGUCUUCUAAACGAAGGAAUCCAGUAUCAGAAACACAAUAAAAACAUGUUGGUAUAAAAACAUUUUUUCUUUUUAAUAUGUUCAUUAUAUUUCUGGUAUAUAACAAAAAUAAAUGACUGGAUGAUUUCUAGUAUAUCAUGAGAGGCUUUUUUUUUUUUUAAUUAGACUCUGGAAUUUAAGAUAAACUUAACUAUUUUUCUCAUUUAAGAGAUUGCUGGUGUCAGGGUUCUACAGUGCUGCUGAGGGAGUAAGUAUUAACCUUGUCUAUCAGUCCUCAGAUGCCUUCUUUUUAAAGACUAGUUCCUUUCUCACGUUUUGUUCUGGACACCUACAAAUGGUGCCUCACCGUGAAAACAACAGUAUUCACUGUCACUUUUAUUUUUUGAUUGGUUGUUUUCCAGUUAGCCCAUAAUAAUGUAGCUUAAGAAAAUUUCCCAGUUAGAAAGAAAAAAAAGCAAAUACAAUUUUCCUGAUCAUUGAUUGAUGGCUCUCUUCUAGAUGGAGAUAUGUAGAUCUUUGUAAAAGUUAAUUUUGUAAAAUGAAACUAGACAUGGUGCCAGAUUAGAGGCAGAUCCCAUGUCCCCAGAAGGACAAUGUGUCUUUAGAAAGAGCACAUGACUGGAGCUCUUUAUUGCUCUACACUGUAUCUAAAUGUGCUGUUAACUAAGGGUUAUCCUGUUGCCGCUGUAAAUUUUUGGUACAGAAAGAAAACUUGACCAUGGGACAGCUAGCUUGUUGACAUUCAACAGCAAAUGACACUGUCCUAAGUUAGGAGGUGAGGACCAGUACCUGAAGAUGUUCUCUGAGUCCACAACAUGUACCCAUGCUUAUACACACAUUAGCACAUGCACAAAGAUGCACUUGAGGCUAUAGUAUUGUGUCUUGGUCAUUGCAAACUAUCAGAGACAAACACAUUUCUUGUUUUCUGCUUAACAAUAUCUACAUUUUCUCUCACAUUCUAGAUGAAGGAAUGAUUCUUUAUAACAUGAGUGAUUUAUGCUGUUUAUUAUAAGUAAAUGUUGACAUAAGUGUUAGAAUUAAAAUGACUUAGUGAAAUAUUUAAA